UGAUAAAAUAAUUACUAUUAAACUUAAAACACUAUGCUUAAAUUACGACUGCGAAGUUUUAUGCCAAUGUUAUGGAGACACCAAAGAUAUAAUUUUAUGUGCACAAAUGAAUCCCAAGUAACUGAAGAUGAAAAAGAAAUUGAAAUUAAAAGAAUCAAAGAGAAUGCAUCAUUAGAUGAACCACCCACCGCUUGCUGCCAGUCAGGAUGUGCCAACUGUGUGUUUAUUGUCUGGGCAGAAGCUUUGACUUCAAAAAUGGAAAAUGCAGGACCAGAGAUUAUUGAGAAGAUAAUGAAUAAUGUGGAUGAUCCAUCUAUGAAAGCUUAUUUAGAAAUGGAAUUAAGAAUAAGAGGAUUGAAGAAAUGAAGACAUUAAUGUUUUGAUUACAUAUUUAUCAUUUAUAGA